UCUCUCUAGUGUCUGUGUGCCAGUGUGUGUCACAGAGAAUGUAGCCAUGUGCACGCGCACAGCUCUCGCUUGUCCGGGUGCUUUGGUGAAUUCAGGAUUUUGAUAUGCGCCGAUUUUCAUAUCGCUUCCACUUCUCGAUUUUUUUCCCUCUCCGUCUGCUCUUGUGAGGAUUUCGCGAAUGUGGCCGUGUGGUGUUACUGAUGCACGCUUUUUCUCUCUGCUCGCUUUGUCCACACCCCUCACACACAAAUAAAGACACAAAGUGGCACUAAGGAACUCCUGCAUGCUUUUGCUGUGCUGGAUUAAAACGUCUGAAUUCAACACUUCUGGAUUUUUUCUUUUAAAAAAAAAAAUCAUCUUCUCUGGAUUAAACCUUCACGUCGAUGGUACCGACUCAGACUGCAGACAUGGAGCCCCUGCAGAUCAGUGUCCACCAUGUCCCUGUCUGUGCGGCCAACACGCCGAGUCCUUGCCAGAUCCAUCACUAGGAGCCAGUCCUUUGCCGGAGUCAACUCCCAAGACAAGCUCUACAGGAGACUCUCGGUGUUCCGCACCCCAGCGUGUUCCAGAAAGUCUCCCUCUAGAGGAAGCAGGAUGUUCACCCUCUCUGCCAAGUCACCUCCUCCGAAGGUGCCCCAGCCUGAGAGGUUGGAUGAGGUGUAUGAAGCUUUGAAAAGAGGACUUCAAUCUUACCUUCAGGUCCAUCAGAUGGAGCUGGACAGUCUGAACCAUCAGAUGAAGGAAUCUAAGAGAAACUCACGCCUGGGAUUUCUUUAUGAACUGGACAAGCAAGUGAAGGUGAUUGAGAGGUUCAUGCGACGACUGGAGUUCCACAUCAGUAAGAUUGACGAGCUGUAUGAAGCAUACUGUAUGCAGCGAAGACUGCGGGAUGGAGCCAAUAAGAUGGUAAAGGCGUACACGGCUUCACCAGGUAGCCGAGAAGCCAGAGAGAGUCUGUCAGAGGCCAACAAAGGCUUCAAAGAAUACACAGAGAACAUGUGCCUGCUGGAGAAUGAGAUAGAAAACCAGCUCGGAGAGUUCCACAUCAAAAUGAAAGGUCUGGCUGGUUUUGCGCGCCUCUGUGCUGGAGACCAGUAUGAGAUCUUCAUGAGAUAUGGCCGACAGCGCUGGAAGUUGAGGGGUCGGAUCGAGAUCAACGGAAAGCAAGUGUGGGACAGUGAGGAGAUGGUUUUCCUCCCACUUAUCACGGAGUUCCUUUCAAUUAAGGUGACAGAGCUGAAGAGUCUGGCCAAUCAUGUGGUGGUGGGAAAUGUCUCGUGUGAGACCAAAGACCUGUUUGCUGCUCUGCCACAGACCGUAGCUGUGGACGUCAAUGACCUGGGAACCAUCAAAUUGAGCCUUGAAGUUACAUGGAAUCCAUUCGACAAAGAUGACCAGGCUUCCACAGCCAGUACAGUGAGCAAGGCUCCUACAGUGAAUAAACGCUUCUCCACCUAUAGCCCCCCAGAUACACCAUCUCUUCGAGAACAGGCUUUCUAUUCCGUCCCACGGAGUUUGCCAUCCAAGCAGUGCUGGUCCCUCCUGGACGUGUUCCGGGACGCUCUGGCCGAGAAACUGUCUCAGACGCAUAGCUGUGGUGAUGUCUCAUCCAUCAGCUUUGGACUGUCUCGCUUGCAUACCCACAACAUGUUGAGGCGGCAGGAGGAGUUGGAGAAUGGUACAGCAUGGUCAAACUCCUCCGAAUCCUCAGACGAUUCAUCGAGUCCUCAGCUCUCCCAGGGUCUUCGUCAUGCACAGAAGAAUCUGGUGCAGCCUGAGGUGCAGACCUCUGCUCCUGCCAUUGAUAUCUCCUUCGCCCCCCGCCAAUCAUCCACCUCCACGCCCACUCGGCUGGCCAAUCAGAAAGAGGAAGAUGAAGAGGAGGAGGAGCAAGACGAGGCGCUUCGAGCAACUACCAUCGCGGCCACUCCGGAGCCUGCUGGGACAGCAACUGUGCCCAAUGGUCAUGCCCGUUACUCGCGCUCCCUGAGCCAUAUCAGUGAGAGCAGUGUGGAUGCCGCCUUGAAUGAGAAGAUUGCUGGGGAAUCAUUGGAACCCGGUGUAGUCGUGGACACGCCCCUGAGGGCUGCGCCAUGCUCAUUCAACCCUGAGCCACAAUCUAACCACUGCACUGUUGAUCUAGUCACGCUGUCAUCAUCCAGCUCGGAUACCACAGUGCCUGUUACACAGGAGUGUUCUGAUUCUGCUCCUAAGUAUGAAGAACCUACAACACGUCCACAAUCUGAUUCCUGCACCAAUAGUGAGGAGGACUCGACUUGCGUCUCUGUUCAUCCAGCGGCCUCGGUGCAGCAAAGUAAUGCUCUAACCCUCAGAACUGAUUCCAUAGAAAAGACCCAGGACACACAGGACCUACCCAAGACACACACUGUGUCUGUACAGGAUAAGACGUCUGGAACUAAGGUAGAUUCUUGGCCAGGAGAUGUUGGAAAGAUGGAAGAUACUGAAGCAAAAGACAGCGGUCUGGAUAAGGCCCUCAUUGCUCUCCUUUCGUCUCUGGAUGACUACAGGGGUCAGUUUCCAGAGCUACAAAUGCUGGAGCAAGAGCUCCGCCUGCUGGAGGAGGCUCUUACUGGCCGAAGUCGAAGUCGGGCCUCCAGUGUGAGCUUGACGGUGGAAACUGCUCUUGAAAGCUUCAGUUUUCUCAACACGUCAGAUUUGGAUGACGAGGAAGAAGACUGCGACACACAGAUUGUGACAGACAGCUCUCAGCCAGCAGCAGGUGACAGUGUGGUAGUGGAUGACGGUUGUACACCCUUGAAUUGUUGGGACACUCCUUCUGUUCCUCUCAGCACUGGCCACCAGGAUCUAGAUCAGACUCUGCUCAUCCAUUUACAGAACUGCUCCACCCAGCUGCUGAGGUUGGGUACGUUUGGGCCGCUGCGCUGUGGGGAGAUGUACGCUCUGGAUCGGCUGCUCCGGGAGGCUCGGGUGAUGGAGCUCAUUCGUGUAGCUGUCCAGGAUACAUUGAGGAGUGACAACCAACCUGAGGAAGUCAUUCCACAAUUAGAGCAGUGCCAGGGGGCUGUGUUGCUAUGGAGGCUCUGUACGACCGGCUGUGGUGUGUUCAGCACCUCCACAGAGGCCUUCCUCCAGACGCUGAAAAACACCUACACAGGCCGAGUACCAGAAAGGGGAGCCAACCUUCCAGACACAGUAUUUAUGCAUCUAGUGGAAAGGAUUUUGGAGAAAAAGCUACCCAAGCGAUGUGGAGGUGCAGCAAAAGAGAUUGUCACAGUUUUCCAGUUCUGGAGCUACCUUGAGGCUGAGGGUGUGAGUGAACUCGAGACACAUGUAACCGAGCUGGCUGAGGAGGUCUGGCUGGUGCAAUGUCUGCAGUCUGGGGAUCAAGAUGUUCUGCUGAAAGCCCUGAAAAAGCCCCCAGAGUGCAGUUUGAAGCGCGAGGGCCUGCGUGCUGUCAGCACACUGCUCGGGGACCUACGGGGAAAGGUGUGCAGCAGCGCCAGCUCUCUGCUACGCAGCCUCGCCGAGCAGCCGCGCCACAGAGAGAGGGCACUUGUGAGUUGUCUGGAGCUGCUGGAGGAUGAAAGUGUUGAGACCCGUGUGUGUGGCUGUAAAGCACUUGCAUGUCUAAAGGCCAAAGAGAGCAUUGAGCAGCUGGUGUACCUGUGCCGCACAGACAAGGAGGAUGUACGAGAUGCCGCAAAACAAGCUCUGCUGGCGCUGGGAGAGGAGGGGAAAAUGGCCCAUCGGCAUGUUGAACAGGACGGAGUCGCUCGAAUUUUUGCACCUGGCAGCAUGGCCAGCACUGCAUUUUGAGCACCACCAAACUGAAGAAACUACAGACCAAUGUCUUUCGCAUACACAGACUUGUAUUCAUGUCAAUGGAGGACUCAUGUUGAAACAUGGAUCACACUGCUGAAGUGCAAAUAAAGACCCAAUCACCUUUUUUUUUUAACACACAGUGACUGCCGAUCAAUCAGUCCAACAAUCAGUGGACACAAGGACACGUGAAUGAAUCUGAUUGAUAAGCUACAAAUGGCAUUCAGUUAAAUUAUACAAUGGAAAGGAGAUGAUGAACGAGCAAAGGAAUGGGCUUCAAUGAGUGUUUUGCUGCCUUAUCACUCAGCCCAAUGGUCUUGCCUUCACAAUUCACAAGUACUGGGCUUAGAUAAGUGCAUGAAUUCAUAUUACAUGCUUGGACCUUUUUUUUUUUACUUGGCUUCAUGCUCACUGACAUGGGCAGGGAAAUUGUCUUGUUUUUUUCCUUCUUUAAAAAAAACGGUGCACUUUUUAACCAGAUGAGCAUUUGCUGAAGCUUGGUCGUCUUCUUAACAGAGCGUGCUAGUGUUAAAAGGUUUGUCCGGUGUAUGUGGGACAGAGUUUUAGGUUGUAUAAAGUGAGUGUACAUGUUUCCAGCGAAGAGUUUCAGUAUAACUGCCAUUAUUCCAUACUGUCACUAUAUAUGCUUUACUGAUACGGCAAUCUGUGUACAUCUUUUAAUUGUGUUGUAAUUUUUUUCAAAUUUUAAAAGCAAAUCUUUACACUCAAAAGCAAAUGUAAAAGUGCUUUAAGUGUUAAUGACUCCUGAAACCUUCAUGGUGCAGUUCCUGAGAUUCAAGGAAGAGGAAUUGUGUCUGAGGGAGAUAUCUGCUGUAAAAAAAAAGAGGGGUUAUUUUAUACAUACAUACAUAUAUAUAUAUAUAUACACGUAUAUGUAUAUAUACGUAUAUACAUAUACGUGUGUGUGUGUGUGUAUAUAUAUAUAUAUAUAUAUAUAUAUAUAUAUAUAUAUAUAUAUAUAUAUAUAUAUAUAUAUAUUCUUAUUGGUAUGGAAAGAAAAUUAAAAAGCACAGACGGCGCAUGUAAUAUUUAGACCAGGCCCAUUGCAUAGUAAACAAACAUUCAGAGCGUUUCUUGAGUGCUGCUAGACACAGGUUCAGUGCUGGAAUCUCAGUUUUCGUUUACUAAACUUUUAACUGAGUUUGUUACGACUUUAGAAGAAGAAAAAUUCUCCUCAGUGUACAAGUGCCUCAUGUCUGGGGGUGACCGUGUUUGUUCAGAGAAGGAGAUGUUUAUUUAAACUCAAAAUUAGCAUUGUAUGACAAACUGUAAUACAGAUUUAAUUCUAUUUUUUUUCUUUAAAGAUUGUACUGCAUUGAGAAGUUUUUUUAAUAAGAAAAGUUUAUUGUUGGACAAAGUUCUUAAGUGCAAAACAAGACUAUUAAACUCAAAGGGAAAGAAA